GUAGGAGAUUUACCAGAUGAAGAUGUAGCCCCACCAGAGAAUGUAUUGUUUGUAUGUAAACUAAACCCUGUUACAACAGAUGAAGAUCUAGAGGUCAUCUUCUCCAGAUUUGGUGACAUUAAAAGUUGUGAAGUUAUCAGGGAUCAGAAGACACAAGAGUCUCUGCAAUAUGCAUUUAUUGAGUUUGAUAAUCCACAAUCGUGUGAAAAUGCUUAUUUUAAGAUGGAUAAUGUGUUAAUAGAUGAUAGAAGAAUACAUGUAGACUUCAGUCAGUCUGUCUCAAAAAUAAAAUAUAAAGGCAAAGGAAGAGUAGAAUUUGCAAAGGAUUUCCAGAAAGAAGAAGACAGUUUUGCUUCAAAAUUCAGGGUUAAAGAUAAUACUAGGAGGGACAACAGUAAAUAUGAUCUAGUUUUUGAAGAUGAUGAUGAUUCUGACAGACAAAAGAAAAAGAAGAAGAAAAAGAAGCAUAAACACAAGGGGAGAGAAAGUGACAGUGAGGAAGAAACUAGGCCUUUAAAACUGAAGAAAAAAUACAAAACCAGAGACUCGAGUAGUCCAGAUGAAAGGAGGCGCAGGUCACCGAGUCCAGAAAUAAGAAGUCGUAGGUCACCGAGUCCAAAUGUAAGGCGGCGUAGGUCACCGAGUCCAAAUGUAAGGCGGCGCAGGUCACCUAGUCCAAUGGGACAUAAAUCUUCCAAAAAACACUCUAAAAGAGAUUCAAAGUCAAGGUCACCUGUGAGAAGGAAACAAAGGUCAAGGUCAAAAGACAGAAGGUCAAGGUCACCUGCUCGUAGAUCUAGAUCAAGGGAUAGAUAUUCCAAAGACAAAUACAGGGACAAAGAAAGAAAAUACAGAUGAAACAAAACAACAACAAGAAAUCUCAAAUUUUGAUCUCAAAUAAUCAGGAAAGUUGAAGGCAGUGAAGUUUGUUAACACUAGAACCAGAAAUAUGAAAAGCUGCAUGUAGUCGUACAGUUAGAGUGGAUGGGAGGUGUUUCACUUGUACAUGCAAUUAGUUUAUGACUUAAAUAAAUUGUAGCGCAUGGGUCAGGUGGUAGUGUAAACAUUUAACUUUAUUGAAUUAGGACUGAAAUUUGGAGAUUUGCUUCAAUUAUAUAAUGUUGUAUAGUAAAGAUUAAGUUGUUAGGAAAUUUCAAGAAGGUAGUGAUAAGUUCUAUACUUCAUUUGUUGCAUUAUGUUUAAGAAUCAUAAGCAGUAUGUUAUAUUAUAAGAUACUUGAUUAAACAGCAUGGGUAC